UGAAGUAGUCACAUCAACGCUAUCAACUACUGUGUGGUACGUCGCGUCUAACCACUGGCAACCUGAAACGUAAAUGCAAGCGUGAUGUGCAAAUCCUAUUUGGCGCGAACGAUUUGCGCGUUUCAGAGUUUAAGAGAAAUUAAACAAAUGCCUGUUUGAAAACAAUGGACCUGGAUACGAGUUACUCCUUCGUGCCGCUAGCAAAAAGAAAUUACGUGUACUUGAGCGAUCGAAGAAUCCAGGAAUUACUUGAAAAAUGGGGCGUUCUACACAAUAUAAGCAUCCAAACUUUUUCAUUCAACGAACCUUUUCAACCGUAUCUGAAAUAUCGUUUGGUUGAGUCAUUUUUCAAGGAUGUGAUUAUCGCCAAGGAGUUGAAAACCAAAAAGUUCAAUAGCUGGUGCAACGAAGGGAUUACUGCAACGCAAGUUAAAGCAGAGCAACUUCCUUGCUCUGUGCUGACCAUGUCUUUUUUCGAUAAGCUGAAAGACCCGAGCAAUAACAUCACCUACGAUUCGAACAAAAUUCGAAAAACUAUUAGGUACAACGAGGCAGGAGAGAUGAUAACCGAUAACUUGAGAGCAAUGCUGCUUGAUCCAGAAUCCGAGGAAUACAUGCUGUACGAAAGAGACGAACGUAAAGAGUUCAUAUUCCGUAUUAUGCAAAUGUUGGUUAUCGGCGGUAAACUUUGCCAAUACGAGGAUGUACUGGAGCCCUACUUAGAUGUCACCAAAGUGUUGUAUAAAGAUCUAAUAAGAGUUGAUAAACUCGAAGCACCAAACAGUUUGUCCAUUUCAACGAUGGUUUUAGAAGUUGUUGCUACGAAUUCCGGUGAUGCAUAUUUUCCGAGAAACGUCGAAGAUAAACAGAAUAUCGGGUUCUUGUUGGUGGAUGCUAACAAUCGUCAAAUUACAACUUUUCUACAUCAGUUGGACGGAUGUGAAGAAUGGAAAAAAUUGUAAAACAUAAUUCUAAAUAUGUUGAAUAGAAUAUAAGACGAAUAAUUUUGAGCACAUUCGUUUAUUAUUAUUAUUAUUGUUGUUAUUGUUAUGGUUGAAAAUGGGAAUGGAUAGAACCGAAAUUGUGUAUUAAAAUUUCCUUACAAUUAAAAUACAUAUGUAUAACGCAAUAGAAAAAAAUUUAAUCCGUAAACGCACUAUCAAAAUAUUAAAAAUAUUCGGAUUGAUUUUCGUAUCAUGCAAUAGUACAUUUUCUUGAGAAUUCCUGAUUGGUAGACAUCAAUGUGAAUCUGUUUCUAUACAGUUAGAUCUUUUUUCAUUCACUGGAGGAUUAGAAUGUUUGAAAAAUGAUACUUAAAACGGUGCGAAAAC